CAAUGAACGAAUGAAGAGUACUACUUAAGUACAACUAAGUGUCUUCGGUCUCGUGCAGCAGCAAAUAAGAAGAAGAAACGUCGGCGUGGUCACAUCGUUCAAGAACUUGAAUCUCCGUUUCGUUCGCUUCGUAGUACGUCUACGUCCAUGCAAUUGCAGUACAUAGUUAGAAUAACUUUGCUAAACUCACGUUUUGGUAGCUCUUAAAUUUUUCGCGCCUAAAACUAAAUUGAUACCCACAGUGAUUUUGUGAUUUUUGUACAAGUUUUUGACCACACGACCCCCAUUUCAUUUCUGACCCAACUUUGUAGUUUUUCAACAAACGACGUCAGUCACAUACGGAGCAGGAGUGACCCGCCGAAGAACAACUACGCAGUCUACAUUUUCGAUUCUUUCGUGAAACUUUUGCCUUUUCUUCUCGCUCCUGAACUCCGUUCCACCUCAAUGGAGGUGGUCGUGCCUGAAAUUUCUCGUAUUGAAUGACGACCGUUCGACGGCACAACGCGGUCCGCCAACGACGUUCGCCACGACAGAGCAACUACUCUUCUUCUUCUUUUGCUAGCACCUCGUCCCGAGUGAUUUCUACUUUCCGGCAGCACAACCGGAUCUUCAACUUUCAAAUCUCCCCCUUCUCGGUGUGUAUCAAACUUUUCUCCUUUCUGAACCUGCAGCUGAUCUUAUGACAGUACACAACUCCACCCCCUCCCCCUCAUUUAUUAUGCACAGUACCCAUUCCACCCUUCGCCUCGUGGCAUUGUUUGCAUGACAAGUUCUGGUCGCCCAAAUAACACUAUACUCCAGUGCAAAUUUGUCAUGCAAAACCGGCAUUCUUGCUGAUGCUUGUAUUGCCGUUCAUGCUAUACAAAUGAGUUCGAGGGGGAGUUGUGCACUGUUAUAGAUGUACGACCUGUUCUGGACGAUUGUGAAGAUGGACUCCGCCAACUACGACAGCAACCCCGCGGUGGCCCCGGCCGCCGGGAACUUUUUGGAGCACAAAAUCAAGGUGGCGGUGGCGGCGACCAACAGCGAAAAUCUCGCCCACACCUCCUGGACCGCCAGUUCCUACUCCGACACGCCGCUGCAGGACUUGGCGGCGGGGCAGCUGCUGAACGUGUACAUCAUCGCCGGGUACUUCACUUUCCAACUGGUCGCGGCCAGCUACCUGAUCUACGCGGGGCACAAGGCCAGCAACGGCAUGCGGUUUUUGACCGGGAUGAGCUGCGCGGGGCUGCCAUUUCUCGGGUUCCCGGAGUACUUCGUGAUAUCCUGAGUAAAAACGUACCCACACCAGAGUUGUAAUGCAGAUUUGCAAAGACAGGAAGUGGAAGACUUGUAGUGCGCAUCCCCAUGAGAGCCAUUUCCAAUCGUGUUUUGAAAUUUGUGAUGCUGUGAACAGGGUGAGCAGAUGAAUCUGUGACGCGGCUGCACUUGCUAACCUGCACUACACUGCAAAGUGCAACUUGUCAUGCGUGACUCACAAAACUCCUAGGUUUGUGUUGCAAAAUCCCCAUCCUGACUCUGGUGUGGGUACGUUUUUACUCAGGAUACGUGAACGCGCUGUGCCAGUGCGGCCUGAUGUACAGUGCGGGGAUUCCGCUCUUUUUUACCAUCGUCUUCCUCUGCCAGUGCCUCGGGGGGCUGUUCCUGGUGCUCGUCCCCGAGCAAACGCUGAUGCUCAACGCGGCCGGGUUCGGGUGGAUGAUCGGCUACCUGUGCUGGAUGCCGCUCCGCCGCCUCGUCUUCCUCUGCAUCUACGGUUCCGGCAACAGCCAGAGCGACUUCUCGCUCGAUUCCCUCACCGGCCUGACGUCGGGCAACGUGGCGGAAACGGACCGGGCCAUCGCGCGGCAGUUCUUUCUGAUGAGCUGGAUGGACAUCGGCGCCCUGGUGUUCGCGAUCGCCUUCGCCGUCGCGGCGGCCGUGCGGGUCGUGCGCACGCACGUCGUCAUUUACCCCUUCCUGCUCUCCUUCACCUACGCAUUCGCGUUUACCGGCGCCCUGGUCGAGCUCUGCGUCGUCAUCAGCUACUUUCUGUAUAAAUAGUCGUGGAUGAUUUGUUAAUAUUUAGUAUCAUUUUUAAUAUCCAUUCGCAACUCGCGCACGACCUACGCACCAGCAAUACGAAGAGGAAUCUCGAUAGAAUGAGCAUAGAAAAUGGAAUUUUUCAUGCUGUUUUAGCUUGGGAAGGAAAAUUCUCUUGCAGGAUUGCGAUAAAAUAAAAGAUUGAAUUGUCAAAAUAACUCACUGCCAUUCUAACAGCGUUCCCUUCCACAAGGAAUCGAUGCACGACCUGACGGCCGAGGACGUGCUCCGCGGGUUCGCGGACUUAAACACCCGCACCAUUGUACACGUGGGUUUUGGGUGGCGGACCACGUUUUUCUGGACCUUGCCGUCAUUCUACUCCGGCUUCCGCGCACCAGCGAUGAUUGUAGCGGCGAGCGACGUAUGAUCUAUUACUAUAUACGAUUUUCAAGAACUACAUCUGGUGGACGUGAUGAUUUUAUAGUACGCGUUUUAGUUUUACGUGUCAAUUUGAACUCGACCACGUUUGCGACCGUGGGUUCGCCCCCUACAGGGAUGUGUCACGACACUGCAGGCUUCUACAGUAAAUGUCGAUGAUAUUUUUACCAAACCAUGUUCGAUGAAGUAGGACAUUCAUCAAGAAGAAGGUGCCCAAUCAAAUCCUUCAUCUUCCUCUUCGAAUUCUACCUAUACAGGGCGCUCUGGGUCGAGCCAAUGACGUGCGGCGCGGGAUCCUUACCGAGUACGCGAGUCCGGCUAACCACCAGGUGCUGGAUUGCUUGAUUCCCUUCAUCUUCGCGGGUAUUAUGCUUUACCUCGCCAUGUGUGCGGCGCUCAUCCGAUUGGCGGACACGAUUCCAAAGGACCCCGAGGAAGUGGACCGUGUCAGUUCCGCGACCGCGUUGAAAUCUUUGAACAAAAGCGGCGUAUCAGCAAGUGGCUACAACAGCACGGUAAAUAAGAGCAGUACCCGGAUGAAAAGCAGCACCAGAAGGGGGAGCUAAGAAUGAUAAGAUGGAAAGAGAAAGUACAGAACCUUGUACAGUGGACACUUUGGAGUUGUAGUUCAUCUACAACAACUUCGUGUCUAGAGCUUGACCCGCACGACCCGUAUCUCACCGAGGAUACAACUUGAAAAAAAAGAAAAACGGACAGUAUUGAGGAAUUGGGAAAGGUGUAGUUGAAACUGUACAACAAGCAAGACACUCCCUGUCGUCGCGACGACUGCUGAGACUGGUGUUGCGUUUGUUGUUUCAAUCUUCAAUCAAUGUGCCUUUUCAUCGCGAAGAUCACCGAUACUCGUACAGUAGAAGCAGUACUAGAAGUUUGUUAUGUUGUUCAGGACAAGAACGUCAAGUGCUGACGUAGUUGUAGUUCUUAAAGUUUGAGUCGGAAUAAAAAUCUUGUACAGAUUUCAUCAUUUUCACAUUCAUUUGCAUCUGCCAUCGCAAAGUAUUUUUUCAGUUCUAUUUACACAGAUUUCCAGAUUUACUUUUUUCGCACUGUCAUGGUUUUGGUUUUCUAAUUAAUUUUGUUACAUUGUCACACUUACAUAAAAUUUAUCACAUAGAUACAACUUCUUAUUCACCGUGUUUUGUUCGCUCUAGUAGAAUUUCUAAAGAUUCCUUUACGAAUGUUGAUAAACAACACCCCGAUCAUCUUUUUCAGCUCGAACCAAAAGGGAGAAAGCGUCUCUAUUGGAAAAUCAACACGACCAGAAUUAGAGAAAAGGAGGAGUACAACGAAUUUGAGACGCGUGUCUGUAGUCAGCUAUGCCAUGCCAUCAAGCCCCGAAAUUGAAUAAAUUCUUCGGCGCAGGACCUCUAGACCUAGGAUCUACAUAGAAGCGCUGGUGCCAAAGAAGCAAGAACAGCGGAACAAGUGGGGAGCAAAAACAACACCAGUAGGCAGGCACUACAAGACUUCACCACCACGAGACCACAAAGAGGAAAUUUUUGGU